CCAGUGUUGUUCCGAAGAUCAUCAGUACCCGGCGGAGUUGUUUCUUUAGACCAGCGAAGGCUCACGCUGUUGUUUUAAUUUUUCAAAUCUGCAAGCUGAUUGAAGGAUGUCGGAACUAAGCGAUGAAGCAAGCGAGCCGGAGCAGCUGGGCUCGAGUCUGUCUGUGUGGCUGGCCGACAGCGGAGGUGGCCAGGAAGAGCUCGACGUGCCACUGGACCUCCACACCGCCUGCUCCGUCGGCCAGUAUGACGUCGUGGCCGAGUGCAUUCGUAGAGGCAAAGUAGACGUGGAUGGAAGGAACCUCGGCGGUUGGACACCACUAAUGUACGCGGCGUAUAUCGGUCACGACAACGUCGUUAACCUGCUUCUGGAAUCUGGGGUUAGCGUCAACGCUAGCACUGCUAAGGGGCUAACCCCACUGAUGCUAGCUGCUAGCUGUGGAAAUGAGAGCAUUGCUUACUUCCUCCUCCAGCAAGGGGCGGAGCUCGAGCGGAAGGAUGGACGGGGUUGGACAGCUCUUCUGCACAGCACAAGCACUGGACAUCAACAGAUGGUCAAGUUUCUCCUGGACAACAACGCAAAUGCCAACAUCAAAGAGCCUGUGUUUGGGUUCACCCCACUAAUGGAGGCUGCAGCAUCAGGCCACGAGAUCAUUGUCCAGUACCUUCUUGACCGUGGCGCACGAGUCGAGGAAAGGAACUUCAAAGGUGAGACGGCGAGAGUUUUAGCCAUGAUGUACAGCCACACGAAGAUCGCGAGCCUCAUAGACAUGCACUGCCUGAGAGCAAAAACAGGUGCGUACGAGGAGCUGAGCUCGUCAGAGGAAGACAGCGCAGCACCAAGAGUCAGGUCAAGCCGCAGCAGAGCCAGAGGCCCGAGCAUACAUGACGGCCCACAGGCCAUAGCUCGCUUUCGAGUCACCCCCAAACAUGAUCCACCGUUAGCUCCACCCGGCUACAUGACAUUCCGUGAUGUGGGUGAACAGAACGAGGGAAUCUGCAACCGUGAUGUCACUUCCCCCAUUAAUGAACUGGAUGGCCAGAGCAACAGCAGUCGAGAUGAACUGUUUUUUGAUAAUGACAUGCCCACAAUACGGAGCAGUAGCAGCAGUAGUGAGGGUCUGCCCCGCCUCCUCGGCCUCAGCAGAGAAGCGUCACUCGAGAGCAACGAGGACUCGGACCAGGCAAAGAGGAGCUGUCCCCGACGACCCAACAAACCCCAUCACUCCAAAGGCAAGAGUCGUCACAGUAACAGUGACUCUGCUGGGAAUUAUGGGAUACCAGCUCCAUCUGGCCCUCCCGCUUCUUACACAGGCCCCAAAGACCUGGCAGAGUUCCUGGAGCAGAUAGGCUUUAGCAAGUAUCUCCCUUUGCUAGAGGAGCAGGAUAUCGACCUGAGAAUCUUCCUUACACUGACCGAAAACGAUCUCAAAGAAGUGGGCAUCACGUUGUUUGGUCCCAAGAGGAAGAUGACAUCAGCAAUAGCCCGUUGGCAUAGUAACGCCCGGCCACCGAGUGAUUCCUUAGAGCAAGUGUACGCUGACAAACUUGAGGCCGAGAUGCAGGAGAUGGCUAUUCAGCUCCAUAAGCGCUGUGUCGAGGUGGAGUCUCUACAGGGCCAGGUCUCUCAGGAGAAGGAGCUGCGCACUGUGAUGGAGGGCUGCCUGAUGGAGGAGAAGAUGGCAUGGAGGGGUGUGCAGACGGAGCUACGGGAGAGCGUCAAGCAAAUCCAGGCCCUCAACAGCAUGCUGCACACACUGCGAAACACACACGCGCAGCUCACGCAGGCCAUGGGGAAAGACGAUGGUGCCAUGUCCUCGGAGAUGCUCUCUAAAAUGGAGUUAUGUGAAGAGAAACUAGCUGACAGCCUGAAAUCGCUCUGCCAGAGUCUACAGCAUCUCUGUGCGCCAGAGAAAAGCUCCAACAGCUGGCAGGCAGAAUCCUAGCACCUGCAUCAACUUCAGAGUUUCACUGACGGAGGGUGAACACGCCACCCUGAACACAUGAAACACGCCCAACUGCCUGAGCUGGCGAGAGAGAGAUGCUACAGAAUGAUCGGUCAGAGAACGAACAUUGGAUAAAGCUGCCAAGGCGGUAAAUCGACAAGCAGGUGAGCGGCCGAAGCUCCUCCCACACCUGUGCUCCAGUCCAGUCAGACCCUUGAGACCUGAAGGCGCGUCACGGCAAUAAAGAUGAAGACAAUCGAUCUCGAAACAUGGGGAGAAUGAGAAACUCAAACAUUGCUCGCAAAUGACAGAAGAGUGAAGUCAAUCCUACAACACUAUGCAAUGCUGGACUACAAAUCAAACCUCUGAACACGUAUAACGUGUCGGCGAGGGCCAUGAUAUUUCCUAUUGAACUGAUGUAUAUUUAGUACACACCCUUGAGUGCAGGAUGAGUCAUAAAUAGUUUUUACUAUUUUCCAGGAAAUGAGAAGCUGUAAAAUUUAAAUAUGAUAGUAUUUAACUCUGAUUUUGAUAUAGUUGUUUGUUUCCGUUUAUGGCACAGUAGCAGAAGUGCCAACGUUUCGAACAAGAAAUUCCGAAACAGGCCGAAAGAAAGAAAAACACAAUUUUACCACGAAACCACGAGUAUCGGCAGACAAGAUAAAAACAUGUAUUCAGGUCACCUUGGAGUGUUAAAAUGUGCAUGAUAGAAUUGAACAUACUGCAUGUGUGUACAGUGUCUUGCAAAAGUAUUCAUCCCCCUUGUGUGUUUGUCCUGUUUUGUCGCAUUACAAGCUGGAAUUAAAAUGGAUUGUUAGCACCAUUUGAUUUACACAACAUGCCUACAGCUUUAAAGGUGCACUUUUUUUUUUUUUAUUGUGAGGCCAUUAUUAAAAAAUGUUCUGUUUCCGGUCCACCGGCCGGGUGAGUGCCGUUUGUGCGGUUGAAAUUUUUUUGGGGGUUCGUAAAUCUAAAAUCGAACUUGACAUUUCCGCAUUCCCAGGGCUUUCCACUAAGGCUCAUACUAGCCAGCCAUGACAAAUAAGUAGCCGGGGGGAGUAAACACAAAAUAAACUCCUGUGCACGCAGUUCCCAGGAUUAAAUGCAUUUUCCACAGACCAUUUAUUUAUUCACUUUACUCAAAUACAAAGUAAAAUGGCAGUAAAUCUUCUUUCUUUUCUUGCGUAUUGCAUCAUGAGGCGUUCCUGGCUUGUAAAUCUCUUAUUUUCGGUGCAUGACACAUUCACGCAGCUGAGCAUGCUAUGAAUUAACAACGACAACGGUCUGCAGUGGGGCUACACAAUUACACACUCAGCGAACAUUUCUCCAUUUGUGUAUGAAAAUACACUCCAACCACUCAGUUUGGGUUCAUUUACAACCAACGGUGUCUUUUGAUGCCAGCACGUAAUUGAACGAGAGAAGACUGGUUUACCGGAGACAAAAUAAGCGUCAUCUCUGCUUCUGUUCCCUCCGCCGAGUGCGCGCGCGCGCACACACCGCAUGUCGGGGCCACGGAUGAGUUACUCUCCCUUGAUCAACGAAGUCUGCGGGGAAUUUGUGGUUAUUAUCGGUACAAACAGCGCGAAUCACAACUUAAAUGAGUGCGGUUCAGUUUGACAUUAUUGUCAGUCCGUUAGAUAAACAUUUAAUUUUAUUAAAAUCGAAAAUUAAUAUUUAGAGCCUGUGGGCUACAAAAAUAAUAGUCAUUAAAGUAGCCGGCUGGACUUAAUUGUGUAGUCGGCUGUAUGGCCGGCAGCCGGCGCUUGUGGAAAGCCCUGCAUUCCGCGCAGAAUAUAGAAUCGAAUAAGCUCUGCGCAUGCGCCGUGCAGCACAAAAAAAAUGGUAGCCACCAUGAAGGAAGGGAGAUCCGGAGUUUUCAAACAUUUGCUUAAGUGUGAAAUCGCAAAAUGGUAUUCUAGCGAACAACAAAAUAGCAAAGAUUCAGAAAAACAAAUCAUUCAGUGAUCAUUUUAAUAGUGUAAUUUCAUCCGAACUCGGCCUAACGCUCGAUUUAGAGCUACAAAAAGUCCGUGUGUCGGACAUUUUAAGUACCUUUGUAAAAGUUUUGCAAAUGUUGCAGUCAGCAUUUAAAAUGCUAACUUAGUUUUUGUACAAGUUUCAGUUGAUUAAACUGUCAUUUUAUUAAAUGUGUCUGCUUUUGUAAUAAAAAAGUACUGAAAGAAAAAGCAAACACAGCAUUGCAAUUUCUUAUCCAUCCAUAAAAAAAAAAAAUCCCUCCCUCCCGACUGAAAUUUUUUUUUGCUCACCUGGUGGACAGGAAACAGAUUUUUUUUUAAGGAUGGCCUGACAAACAAUGAAAAGGUAUUCACCCCCAAAGGCAAUACUUUGUAGAGACACCUUUUGCGGCAAUUACAGCUGCAAGUCUCUUUGGGUACGUUUCUAUUAGCUUCGCACAGGGGUUCUUAACCUUUUCUACUGUAAGGCCCACUUAUUCAUACUUGUAACGAGUCGGGGCCCAUUAAAAAAGAUCCCCAAUUA